AUGAAGAAAGUACUUUUCUUUCUGAUUAUUGUUCGUAUCUUUAGCGUGUAUUUGGUACAAACAUUUUUUUCUCCAGAUGAAUAUUGGCAAAGUUUAGAAGUCGCACAUAAAAUCAUUUACGGAUACGGACAUUUGACAUGGGAAUGGUCACAAGGAAUCAGAAGUUAUUUACAUCCUAGGUCAAAUUUCAACGCCUUGAUCGUGAAAUCAUUACCUGAAACAUACGUGAAAGUAGCAAAUAAUUAAAAGUCCAUAGCAACAUGCCUUGAGGUGACAGUGAAUUAAGAAUGUAGUUCAAAAAACUAUCAAGGCAAGGUCAUGUCAUGACAAACUUUAAGGUGAUAUGUCAUAAGUAAAACACCUACAACAAUUCAAAUUUAAAAACUUUUUUUAUUUACAUUUAAUAUUUUGUUGUAUUUUUUUAAUUGUUUCGUAUACCCAAACAAUGAAUAAAUUUACAAUUGUGAUGGAUGAGAAAAAUGAAUUCUUUUCUUGAUGGUCGUAAAAACGUUAACGACUAGUCACUUAAAAACUAAAGCAAAGAUGAUUUUAUAAGCAAAAAUGGUUUCAUGGUUGGUAAGUCAAUCGUAAUGUUGAUUAAAAUACUCAAAUGUAUGUUUUCGAUUUAUAAUAAUUGGCUAAUAAAUUCCGCUAAUCUCAAGCUUCAUCUUAAAAGCUUCAGCUAUGAUUGUCCGAAUGUGGUUGGGCCCCUCGGAAGUGGUUUUUGCCUUUGACUUGCUAAAUUUAUGACGUUAUCAAAAUGAUCUUUAUGGCUGAUAUAUCCGAGUGAACCGGAACCAAGGAAGACUGCACCAUUCGGAAGACGAAUAACACCUAAACUCCCUGACCCCAAAGCCACAGGUCCAUGAUUCCUUGUUAAGAAUGUUGGAAUCUGAUUAGGAUUUGAUGUCCUAAGAUUUGCAAGAUGAGCUCGAGGUUGUGCAAAAUUUGUAUUUUUUGGAGCAUUGAACUGCAAAAUUUGAGCUGAUUCAGCAGACAUUGGUGGAAUUGGUAAAGGUCUUAAAAGAUUUGUAGUCGGUUUAAAUAUGUUUGGAUCCGGAAGAUCAUUAUCAUGUAUCUCAUGAACUGAAUACUGUUUAACAACUCGACCAUCAUGAGACACGUAAGUUGAAUCGAAAUCAUAAGGCGUGCGAUAACCGACGAAAUUGUAAUCAUUUGGAUGAUAAGGUCGUGGAGUUAUCGGACGUUGUGGUGGUGGUGGAGUCAUGUGGGUUGGAAUUCCGUAGUUGUUAUAUCCAUUUAUUUCAUUAAAAAGAUGAUGAUAAGUUAUGUCAUCGAAUC